CCACUGAUUGACAUGCGUGAUGGAAGGAAGCGUUCUCACCGCGCCGUGGUUUCGGCCAUUUCAUUUGAUAGCAUUUUGUACUUUGAGGUUUCAAUAGUUGUUUUUGUUUGUGUUUUAUCGCUAUGAAAACUUGAGUUUGUGAACACAAUUCUAAUUUUUAACUAUGGACGACGAAUACAUGGAUACACAGGACUCGCAAGCUGCGAACGACAAUAGUGUUAGUAGUGGUGUCAGUAAUGUUAUGCCGGUGGACAUUUCUAAGGAUUUUAACGAUUCUUCGGCAUAUGACGAUAAUUAUGACGAUGAUGAUGGCGGUAACAACUUUAGACUAAACCGUGGUCGAGGAAAUUUCAGACGAGGUCGUGGUCCUCCUCCAGGCUGGAUGAACGGUCCACCCCCACCAAUGCGUUUCCGUGGUCGGGGAUAUGGGCCCGGUGGGCCACCUAUGCGGGGAAGAGGAUUCUUCAGAGGCCGGGGUGGUCCCAGAUUCGGACCUAACAAUGGGCCAAACUUUGAUAACAACUGGGGGCCAAUGGGGCCACCCCCACCUGGCAUGAUGGGGGGCCCGCCACCGUUUGGGCCACCCCCAGGCAUGAUGCCACCUGGAGGCCCCAUGGGCCCACCACCUAAUAUGAUGGGACAGCCACCACCAUUUGGUGGGCCACCUGGAAUGCCACCACCUAAUAUGCCUGCACCAGAUUUGUGGGUGGAAACUAAGACUGAUGAAGGGAAAUCUUAUUACUAUCAUGCUCGCACCCGCGAGACGACUUGGACGAGGCCCCAGGAAAGCCCCACUUGCAAAGUGGUCACUCAGCAGGAAAUAGAGGCAAUGGCGGCAACUGGCCAAAUGCCGGGCAUGGGCGGGCCGCAGUCGCUGGGCGGGCCCGGCAUGAUGAUGCCCAACGGCAUGCUCGGCAUGAUGCACGCGCAGCCCGGGCCCGCCGUGCCGCCCUUCAUGACGCAGCCGCCGCCCUGGAUCAAGGACAGUAAUAAAGAGAAACAGGACUCGGCUAGCCCCAACGGCAGCGACGACUUGCCGCCGGGGGAGUCCACACCCAACAACCAACCGCCCAAUGGUAACAUGCCGCCUGCAAAUAUGGGUGGGAUGGGUUUCCCGCCGUCGGGGCCCCCCGGCAGCCACCAGGGGCCCCCCGGCGGGCCCCCGGGCGGGUUCCCCGGGCCCGGCUGGGCGGGCUGGGGCGGCUGGCCCCCGCCGCUUGUGGCCCAACCGCCGCCCAAUAUGAACGCUGCUGCUCCUGAUUCAGGAGCAGCAAGUCAGGGCCCGAACAUGUCCAACACGAACCCCGCCCUCGGCAACAUGAUCACCGGGAACCCCAUGGCCUCCACCCCUAUGGGCGUCGGGAACAUGCCUGCCAACCCAAUGGGAGGGAACCCCAUGGGUGGGACUCCGGGCAGCGGGCCCCCUAUGGGCGGGAUGCCGAUGAGCGGCGCCCCUGUGCAGAAUGUGCCCGUGUCCGCAGCCCAGACUAUGUCCAUCUCCGCGCCUGAAGUCAUACCCGAUUCGCCGCCGCAGACUGACGAUCCUCAGGAAAUCUCGGCGGAGCUGGAAGCCCGCGCGGCAGAGUGGAGUACGCACUACGCCCCCGACGGCCGACCGUACUACCACCACGCGGGCAAGGGCCAGUCCGUGUGGGAGAUGCCGGAGCCCAUGCGGCAGUUCAAUGAGAUGAAAUCGAAGUUGAAUGCGGAUAAAAACGACAAUAAGAUCGAGAAAAUUGAUUUGGUCGAACCCAAGGUGGAUGGUGAAGUGAUAGACGUGGACGCGCACGACGAGGCGGCGACGGCGGCCUCGCUGGAGGAGGAGCGGCGGCGGGCGGAGGCCGAGGCGGCCAAGCUGGAGGCCGAGCGCAAGGAGCGCGAGGCCCAGGAGCGGGAGAAGCAGGACAAGGCCAAACUGGACCGCAGCCGGCCCAUCUCCAGCACGCAGAUACCCGGCACUCUCUGGUGCGUGGUGUGGACGGGCGACGGGCGCGUGUUCUUCUACAACCCGACCGCGACCACGAAGUCAGUGUGGGAGCGGCCGGCGGAGCUGCUGGGCCGCGCGGACGUGGACCGCGCGGUGCAGCAGCCGCCGCCCGCCGUGCAGCAGCUGCAGAAGAAGGAGGCGGCGGCGGGCACAGCGCCGGCGGUGGAGCCGAAGCGCGAACUGAAGCGCGCCAACACCAGCGACUCCUCGGACUCGGAACCCGAACCCGCCAAGAAGACCAAGACACCGAGCCGCGCGAAGCCGCCGUCGGGCAGCCAGAUCUCGGCGGGCGCGGAGGCGGCGGCGGAGGCGGAGACGCGCGCCGCGCGCGACCGCGCGCUCGUGCCGCACGAGCAGCGCGUGCGCAGCUUCCUGCAGAUGCUGCACGAGAAGGACGUGUCCGUGUUCAGCACGUGGGAGAAGGAGCUGCACAAGAUCGUGUUCGACGCUAGGUACCUCAUGCUCAACUCCAAGGACCGUCGGCAGGUGUUCGAUCAGUACGUGCGCGAGAGGGCCGAGGAGGAGCGCAAGGAGAAGAAGAACAGACUGCUGCAGAAGAAGAACGCGUUCAGGAACCUCUGCGAGGAGGCCAAGCUGCAUUCCAAAUCAUCAUUCAGCGACUUCACGUCGAAACAUGGCCGCGACGAGCGCUACAAAGCGAUCGAGAAACAGCGCGACCGCGAGACGUACUUCAACGAGUUCCUAGCGGAGGUCCGCAAGAGGGAGAAGGAAGAGAAAGAGAAGAAGAAAGAGCAGGCGAAGACGGAUUUUAUAGCCCUGCUAAAAGAGAAAGCAGUCGACCGCCACGCGCGCUGGGCGGACGCCAAGAAGAAGGUAGAUUCGGAUCCGCGGUACAAAGCCGUGGACAGCAGUUCGCUGAAGGAAGACUAUUUCAGAGAGUACUGCAAGAUUGUCAAGGACGAGAGGAAGAAAGAGAAGGAAGGGAAAGAGAAAGAGCGUGAUCGUAGCAGUAAGAAAGAUAAGAAGGACAAGGACAGGGACAAAGAGAAGGAUAAAGACAAGAAGGACGACAAAGACAGCAAGCGAGAUAAGAAGAAAGAGAAGGCUGAUACCGAGGAAGAACGGAAGCAACCGACCCCGCCACCGGAUCAGUGGGCCGAGAUCCUCGGCAUCCCUGGUGAAGAAGACUCGAAAUCGUCCAAAUCCACUAAGAAGUCACAAGAGCUCACAUCAGAAAGAUCUGAAAAAUCUAAAUCGACGACACCCGACAAAGAGGUUCGCUCCCCGAAACAGUUGCGUUCCUCGAAAAAAGAUCUACCCACGCCCGAAAAGAAAACGCCGAUAAAAUCUCCUCCGAAAAAGAGGAAGACCGAAGACUUCAAGUCGCCAGAGCCUGAAGAUAAGAAAGCUGCGAAAAAGAAAGUAGAGAAGAAGAAGGAGAAAAUUGAAAAGAAGAAGAGGAAGAAGUCUGAGAAAGAUUAGUGUUUGCUAUACGUGUACUUCAAACGGUGAACUUUCAGUGAUCGAAACACAGACUUCCGUAUUAGCAUGUGUUCUGAAGGGUCCUGUCACUACGCAACGCCCAUGCGCAAUGAAAUGCCUCAAUUCACAAAUACAAUUGUAUAUUUCAAAAUCCAAAAUGAAAACGUUACAAUUUUGUAUAUAAUAGGUAACAUUCGCGAAACAUAAAAUGAAUUAGAAAAUAAAGUCACCCGUACGAGGGCUGCUAUUUAUGUAUCCGGAAUAACAAAAUUAAACAAACAUAUAUUAUUACAUAUGGUUUUAUUGUUUCUCGAAGUAUUCUCCGCGAUGAUCUAUGCACUUCUGCAUACGAUGAAACCAAUUUUCAAAGCACUUUUUCCAUUCUGAUUGAGGUAUGUCCAAAACGUGUGUUUUGAACGCAUCAACGGCCUCUUCGCGGCUCGAAAAACGUUGACCACGUAAUUUAUUUUUAAUGUUUGGAAAUAAAUUAAAAUCAUUGGGUGCCAGGUCGGGGCUGUACGGCGGAUGACCCGUCAAUUCAAUCUUUUGACCAUCCAAAAAAUUAUUUGUUUCAGCCGACUUGUGGCAGCUAGCAUUGUCGUGAUGAAGUAUGAUUCUGCGUUGUGGGUUGUUCUUUCGUAUUUUUUCAAAGACUUCUGGCAAACAAAUGGUGGUGUACCAUUCAGAAUUAACCGUCCUACUAUUCUCUAGUGGCACUGUAGCUACAUGUCCGUUGAUACCAAAAAAACAAGCGACCAUUUGCUUUAAAGUGCUUCUCGCACGAACAACUUUUGUUGGAUUCGGUUCAUCUUGAAAGACCCACACCGUUGACUGCUGUUUAGUUUCAGGGUCAUAAGCAUAGAUCCAGGUUUCGUCACCUGUGUAGAUAUUAUAAACAGCUUUUGACGUGCCACGGUUGUAUUUUUUUAUCAUUUUCUUACACCAGUCGACACGAGCCUGUUUUUGAUCUACGCUCAAGUUGUGCGGAAUCAAACGCGAACAAAUUUUUUUAACAAUUAAAUGUUCGUGUAAUAUCGCGUGUAUACUCGUCAUACUAAUGCCCAGAGACGCCUCUAUCUCGCGGUAUGUAACAUGACGAUCUUGCAUUACUAAUUGUCGCACAGCAUCAAUAUUUUGUUGUACCACUACCGAUUUAGGACGACCCUCCUUAUUUUCAUCCGUGAGCAUAGACCGUCCACGUUGAAAUUCCUUAAACCAAUAAUACACAGUGGUUUUCGAUGGUGCUUCAUCUCCAAAAGUUAAAAUCAGUUGUUCGAUGCACUGUUUUUGAGUUAAUCCACGCCGAAAAUCAUAAUAAAUCAUCGCGCGAAAAUGUUCACGAGUUAAAUCCAUGGCAAUGAAGACAAGCUAUUUUCAAAAUUGGCGCCAAUUGAAAAAAACAAAUGACAGGGACAUGAAAAAUAUUUAUUCUCUAGCCGAAGAGUUCUAUUUUCAAAUGUUGUAAUUACUUUUUAAAUAUUCUAGAAUUAUUGGCCAGUUCCGGAUACAUAAAUAGCAGCCCUCGUACUUCUACGCGGGUCGAUUGUGAGCGCGUGUGAACGGGAGGGGUCUGCGGAAUCCCUCCUGACGAUUCACACAUAUUUUAUUAUGUACGCUGCUAUAGCCGAAGCUAAUAUAGCUGACUAUACACCCUUUUUACAGAAAAAAUGAAAAAUUUUACCCAGACUGGUACGUAUAAUAUAUCAGCGCAUAAACUAAAAUUUAACCCUUUAAGGUGAUGAAAGUUUCUAUGAAAACCAUACAAGAUAUUUUUUUACCGCAAACGGAGCCAUGGGCAAAAGCUUUUAUUUUACUUACAAUGUAUGUCCGGUCCGAGUGGAAUCUUGCAACAAAAACUUCAUUGUAAAUAGACAUCAUCAGCUGAUUGAGCAAAAUUUUUGUAUACACGUUUAGUUUUGUUGACAAUGCAUGACGACAAUAAAAGAUUGUGUCAAAAAUAUUUAAUACUUAUUUUGUAUUUGUAAAUUAUUACAAGCUGUUCUUUGGGAUAACAAAUAAACAAACGUUAUAACUCGCGGCACCAGAUUGAUUAUCUGAUGAUCGUAUUCAGUAACUACCGCCUGAAGUAUAAAAUAGGUAGGCCUCUUAUGCAAAGACUACUUUCAUAACUGUAGAAUUCUUAAUUCAAAUUCUGUGAGUGUCAUUCACCUUAUCGACGACAUAUUAAUAAACAUAAGAAAAAAAUAUUAAGUAGUAGUAUUCAAUUAUGAUUAAGAUGUGCUGGUAUUGAUUUUAUUUUAUAUAUUUAACCCAGUUCCGUUCCGUACAUUUAUUAACAAAAACAUAGAUCUACCCUGACAUUCAUAAAAAAGUUAAAAAGAACACUUUAAGCUAAAGUAUCUUUUGUCACUAUCGCACUUUAUAUACAUACUUUGGCUUUAUCGUAACCUCUGACGACAGAAAGAGGGGAGUUAUGAGGUUUAACGUGUCUGUGUAUCUGUAUGGUCUGUUCGUCGCAUCGUAGCAGCCAAUCGGCUGAACCGAUUUUGAUCUAGUUUUUAUUGAAAGAUAAUUUAAAUGAGAGUGUUCUUGACUAUCUUUGGAAAACGUUUGAUGAGUUUGGAAACCAGCAGCUCUUUUUUAGGAGAUGAAAGGAUGACGGCAACUUCAGUCGGGGGUUUCUUAAAUUUUUAAUCUUAUUUAUGAAUAACAGUGAUAGUGUAUGUAGUUUGUCUAAAAAAAAUUGGCUAGAACGUCAAAAUAUAAAACAGUUUUGGUUCAAUUUGUACAGUCUGCCAAGGACAUGUUGGCGCGAGAUAGAAAAUAUUAUGAAUUUUUAUGUAUUUAUUUUGUUACGUAUUUAUUAUUUUUCAAUAGUAUAUUUUAUUUGAACCAUACAUACAAACAGAAAAUUUUAUAUUCUGUUCUGUAUAAAUUUGGUUUGUAAGUAAUUUAAAUUUUUCAUGAGUACUGCCGUCUUCACCGCCGACUUGUACUUGACUCACUAUACAGAGGGUUACAUUGAUUUUUUUUCUAAUUAUCAUUAACAGCAUAGGUCUAUUCUUUAUUUGGGUGCUAUAAAAUGGGAAUAAAACUUACCCUACCACGAUGAGGCUACAAGUCCAUACAAAAAUGCCCAAACUAAUUUUUAUUUCUUAAGGUAUUUUAAAAAUGUAGACAUAAAUUUGUUUCGUUAUCACAAUAAUAGCUGCAAUAGGUUAUUUAAGUUAAUUUCUCAUAUUUUGCAUACUUGCAUUGCAUAUGCAAUAGUAUGCCAAAUAUGAGAAAUUAUAUAAAUAUAAAACAUAUGACAUCAUUAUCUCUUUACACUAUGUAAUUAUUCUUAGUUUUUUCUCUGCCAGUAACAUUUCAGACAGUUGAAAAGCUCGUUGUGAAAAACAGUGUGAGUUUAAAUUUCAUUUCUCACUCACGAGUCGAUUCGCAGUGAGACACAGCUAACCAAUCACAACGCGGUGUGGUUGUCAUUACAUCACUGUGAUUGGUUACAAUACUACCACGUUUAUAAGUUACAUCGGCCAUAUUCGAUUGCGCAGAAUAGCACGUCCUACCGCCGAUUCAAACCGAAUACAUAAUCAAUAAAAUAACGAACAUAUUACUAGGACAUAAGUCUUAAAAUCCAAAAAAAUUCAAUGAUUGGUGCGUACGACGCGACGGCGCGGACUCCACGGACGACAUUACGCGUACGCGUCAGCCAAUAGCGGACAGCUCUGUUCGCGGGUAAACAUGGCGCGCUCUGAUUAGCCAAAAUAUUUUCGCACCGUACAAAAAUUAGACUUUUGCCCAGGUACAUCGGUGUAAAUUAUAAAAGUGAUAGACCUGUAAUCACAGUUAUGUAAUGACAACCACACCGCGUUGUGAUUGGCGUCUCACUGCAAAUCGUCUCCACAGGGAGAAGUGAAAAUCAAAUCCACACUUCACUCUCUGUUUACAUUCAUAUUCCACAUAAUUGUAAAUACAUGCGCGAUUAAAAUAUAGUUCUAAAAUUAUUUAGUAACAAAAAACUUAGGCGUUGUGAAUUGGGCUUAGUUUUUGUGGUACAUGUAUUAAAGGCGAAUUUCGUGUUAUGUACGUACAAAGUUGUUAUUAAAUUCACAUAAGGCCGCAAUUGUAAAUAAACAACUCGGGAAUUAAUUUUUUCGCAUGCCUAAUAAUGCAUGACAGCUGAGUCAAUGGGAUCACGAUAUUUAUCAUAACGUUCGUAGAACUGAAACUUACCGCCUUGUGUUAGGCCCGUGUUGAUUACACUAUGUACCUAUACCAUUUUUUUCUUUAAAAAGAUAUAAGUUUCAGCGUUACGAACGUUCAGAUAAAGAGUCAGAAUCUUGUUGAAUUUUCAAUACAAUAAGAAUUUAAUACGACGGUUUUAAUCUUAGUUAUACAUUAUUCGAAAAUGUGGUAUUAAUAAUAAAUUCUUAUAAUUAUGAAUUGAUGAUAUAAAUCGAAGUACAUAAACAGUGUUUAAGAAACAAA